GCGGACGCGUGUGGACGUCGUUUUCCGUUGCUUCGCUCAGCGCCGGCGAGUGUUUUGAAAAAUAUCUGUGAAUCCGAAUCCGAAUCGGGAUUAUUUCGAACCUGUGCUGUGUGCGGUGCAUCUGUGCAUGUGUGAAAGUGAAAACGAAAUGCAAUAAAGAAUGAAAAUGAGCACGGUGCAUGAGUUUCCCUGAAAAUCCAUCCAAAGAAAAUACACAGCGCAGCAAGAAAUCGAGGCUGAAAGAGCGUGCAAAAGCAGAAAGGCCAAUAUUAUUUUUCCACACGCACAAAAAAGAGGAAAAUAAACCCUCUCCAAAAAACCAGCCAAAAUGUCCGCCAAGACGUCACCUUCAAGCUCGCGAGAUGCCAACAUGGGAGCUUCCAGUGUGGUGCCCGCCUCCGUUCAGAUCAAAAAGGAACUGCCCAGCGAUGAGAUAAAGGAAUUCGCUCACAACACCAUGAACGAGCUGCUCGGAUGGUAUGGAUUCGAGGGUGUGGAUGUGGACAGACUGGAUCUGACCGCCAAGACGUCCCGCCUGCUGCAGAGUGCUGCCGCAGCAGCGGUGGCCAACCAACAGCAGCAACAUCAUCACCAGCAACAGCUCCAGCAGGAGCAGCAGCAGCAUCUGGAGAGGAAGCGGAGCAGUCUCUUUCGCAGCAGCCGUGCUCUGGCGGCGGCCUAUCUCAACAAUAACAACAGCAAUAGCAGCAGCAACAAGAAUAAUGGAGCAGGAGGAGCAGCCAGUGGAGCAGGAGCAGGACCAGGAGCGGGAGCGGGAGUGGGAGGAGGAGUAUCUGGUAAUGGCAGGAAGGCAGGCCUGCAAAAUUGCAGCAGCACCACAACGACGCCCUCGGAUCAUGAUACGCGGAGUUCAAGGGAGGAGGACUCUAAGAGUCCCCUCUCCAUAGGGAAAACAGCGGGUCUGCCGCAUACGGAGGAGAAAAUAGACUUCAGCAACUGCUGCUGGUGCCAUCGUCCCAUUGCCGAGAAUGCACCGGAUUACCUGACCAGCAGCGAUGGACCCCGCUACUGCUCCGAGUCCUGCUUUGCCCAGAGCCGGCGGGCAUCCUUCAAGAAGGCCAAGACCUGCGACUGGUGCAAGCACGUCCGUCAUGCUGUGAGCUAUGUGGACUUCCAGGAUGGCGCCUCUCAGCUGCAGUUCUGCUCGGAGAAGUGUCUCAACCAGUACAAGAUGCAGAUCUUCUGCCACGAAACCCAGACACACCUAGACCUGCAUCCGCAUCUGCGGGAUCAGGUCCUGGAUCCGGGCAGUGAAGCUGGUCUGAUAACGCCGGAUCUGUGGCUGCGCAACUGCCGGAGUCGAUCGGCCUCGCCCGCCUCCACGUUGUCGGUGUCGCCGGGUCCGCCACCGGCAGCUUCUUCCAGUCGGGGUCCGGACUCAUCGCCGCCGCCGUCUGCGCCGCCUAGUCAUCAUCCCAGCAAACCCCUGAUCUCAGUGGCGCCAGUCUCCAAACUGCUGGCCCAGAAAAGUCCUGUGCCGGCCGUGGCUCCUCCGCCGCCGCCACCACCGCUCCAGCGACAGUUGGGCUCCAAGUUGGGACGCCGAAAGCGUCAGCAUCGAGGUCUCUCCUCGUCGUCGGGCUCGGAAACAGUGGCCAGUUUGCUGCAGAAACAGCAGCAGCACCAGCAACAACAGCAGCAGCAGCAGCAGGCACAACAACAGGCACCUCCAACCCUAACCGCUGACUUUGCCGGCUCCAGUGUUCCCUUGCCUCCCAUCUCGCCCAUGCCAAAUAUGCAGGAAUCGCCACAGCAACAACAGCAACAGCAGGCACCUCCUGCGGUGCCGCCUCCCCAAGCUCUGCCCCGAGGACCAACCGCCAUCCCGGCCAGCUACUUUGCCACGCCCUCGAACGGCGUGCCCAUGGGUGGCCAUCACUUUGUAGGUCGUCCGCCACCGCCGCCGCAUCAUUUCCUGCCUCCACCGCCGCAUGGCAUGAUGCCCAGGGGAUUUGCUCCGCACUUUGGGCCACCACUUCCUCCGCAGAUGCCGGAACUGGGCGCCUUGCUUGGAGGUGUGCCUCCUGUGACAGUGAUGGUGCCGUAUCCCAUUAUCAUACCUUUGCCCAUACCCAUACCCGUGCCUCUACCCAUCAUUGACUUCUACAAGGCCCACCUGACACCCGAGCAAAGUAAGUGUUUCGAUGAGGAGCAGGCGGCGUCAUCCAGGAGAGAAGAGGAGGCAAACCAGGGUGAAUCAGAGCAACCACAGCCGCUGGACUGCAGUAGCAGGGCAAAGAGCGAACAGGAGCUGGAGCUGGGCAGGCAGGAAGAGGAGGCCCCACCGGAGCCCCAAGAAGACAAGUCAUCUGACAAGGAACAGAACGAGGAGCAGAAGGAAUCCAUACCAAAGACAAAUCCAGAUAUAGACACCACGCCCGCAUCGCCGUCUUCCGUCUCGCCAGAGUCGUCGUCCUCCUCGCUGGAGACGCACUGCAUCGUGCGUGACUCCCCACACUCCGAUCCCGAGGUGGACGGCCAGAAACUGCCCAAGCUGAAGAUCACGCGGCUGCAGACAAAGCGAACCCUAAUCCAAACCAAAGAGGCGGCCGCCGAGUGCAGUCGACCGCUGCGCAAGCGCAAGAGGAUCAUUGACUGUGACUUUCAGAAGAUGGCUGUCAAGGAGCUGGAGGACAGUGAGGCGAACAGCAGCAAGGAGACAGAGGCAGAUGCCGAGUGCAAUAUGACUAACAAUGGCAAUGCUAAAGCUAAAAAGUAGACUUAGACCCCUAGGAUAUAUCCUUAUUUAGUUGUAGAAUCUAUUUAUGUGAGAAAGAGGAAAACAGAGAGAAAAGAAGGAGAAAGAGAAAGAGUAGGCACAAAGUGCACGGAGGUAAAUCUCUGGAUUGAAUCGAAAUAAACUAAAGUAUAUAACUUAUGA